AACACACCUCAAGCAACACCUGACUGAAUGCAUACCUGAAUGCUCCAGCAGGAAGGAACAAGCUGCUGCCCUGUAGGCUUGUGUUCUUAUUUCCAGGCUGCAUUCAGUUUACAGCAGAUGUAGAUGCAAUUUUUUGUUCCCUCUGUGGCAAUGGCUUGUUGUUUCUGAGUGAUGGGCUGUGGGAACAGUAAGGUGCUGCCUGGGGCAACCAAAAAGGGCUAUGUAAGUGUAGUGCAAUCGCUUGUGGCCUUUAGUAAAGCACAUGAUGAUGAUGAUGAGCCAAAGAAGCGCAAGGAGAAGCAAAGAGGUCCGUGGCUUUCCACCAGCAUUAAGAAUCUUCAAACAGCAUCAAACAGCCAACAGCCCAUGCUCAGAGAUGGACGACACCAGGAUAAAGUUGCCAUGUAUAAGGACAAGUUUGAUCCGCGUGUAACAGCAAGAUAUGACAUCAAGGCUCUGAUCGGUCGAGGAAGCUUCAGCCGUGUUGUGCGUGUGGAGCACAGGGCGACUCGCCAGCCCUUCGCUAUAAAAAUGAUGGAGGUAGAGGCCCCAGAGGGCCGUGAGGUGUGCGCCUCGGAGCUGGUGGUGCUGCAGCGGGUGAGCCACUCUAAUGUCAUUCAGCUGAUCGAGGUGUUUCAGUUUCCGCAGCGGGUUUACAUGGUGCUGGAACUGGCCACAGGUGGGGAGCUGUUGGACCGUGUCGUCAGCAGGGGCCACUUCACAGAGAGGGAUGCUAGCCAGGCCCUCCUGAUGGUGCUGGCUGGGGUGGAAUAUCUGCACAACCUGGGUAUCACCCACAGAGACUUGAAGCCUGAGAAUCUUCUGUACUACCACCCUGGGGCCAACUCCAGGCUGCUUGUUACCGACUUUGGACUGGCCACUUUUGGUGGCACAGGAACUGAAGUUUCAGGCCCUGACAGAAGCGACGGGAGAGAUCAUACCGGAGCAGACAGGACUUGGUCCCUCAGAACCACCUGUGGAACCCCCGAGUAUAUGGCCCCUGAGGUGUUGCUGAGGAAACCCUAUUCCUGUGCAGUGGACAUGUGGGCCCUGGGGGUGAUCGCCUACAUUGUGCUGAGUGGAUCCAUGCCUUUUGAGGACGACAGUCGCACGCGGCUGUACGGAUCCAUUGUGAGAGGAAAAUACAGUUUCCAUGGAGAUCCUUGGCCCUCAGUGUCCAACCUGGCCAAGGACUUUAUCCAGCGCCUGCUGCUGCUGGACCCGGCCACCCGCCUGACAGCCAACCAAGCCAUCCGUCAUCCCUGGGUGGUCACCAUGGCAGCCGGCUCCUCCAUGAGGAACCUCCAUCGAUCUAUUUCCCAGAACCUCAGGCAGCGGACAUCACGCAGCUCCUCCCGGUGCCCGAGCAGCACCGCAAGCUCUGGCGAUUCCAAUAGCGUGGGCCUGGGAAGGCUAACGUCGCUGGAGAAAAACCAAGAGCAGCAGCAAGGCAGAGCAUCUGGACUGACUCAGCCUCAGAGAGCCAUACAACAUCCAGCCAGAGGGCCAUCCAACUAAAGCACCAGAUUCAUGAGAAGGCUAAUGAGGGGAUAGAACCAGCUGCCCCAGCUCAAUGUGUAUUGCAAUCACAAACCUCAGAGCUGCAAACAGGCAGCCAAAGUGUCUGGGACAGGUGUUGUGACAAAAAAAGUUUCCUCCCUUCUCUGGACUUCAGUCAGGCUUCUCGACUAGAGUAAUAACCCAGGUUCCCCUGAAGGCUGAGUUCCAUCCUCUAUUAGUUCCUCGUGGUUGGGUUAAGCUGUUAGUGAAUAUCCUUCAGUUUUGAGGUCCAGACUUAUAUUGAGACAGAGCUUUCCACCUCCACAAAGUCUCUAGCCCCUGGUUAUUCACACAGCUCAGACUAAUGGGUUCAAGGUCUCAUUGAGAUCAUUAUGAGUCACCACAUUACCUGCCUGCGAAGAAGCUAAUCUUAGCAAGGAUGAUGUAAAAGUAGAAGAAAACUUGUUACUUCUGCUCUGAUCUUUUUCAGUUUUUAAAAUAAAACUGCAGGAAGAUUUACAUUUUGAGGCAGAAAGAAGCAAAUACGCUGUAGUCUUUUCUUUUGUUGUCACUCCUCCCACAUAGCAGCACCCACAGUCCUGUGUAAUCACUGAAAGCACAAUCCAGAUAUUUGGUGACAGGCCUCUAUCAAGUUAAAAUUAAGCUUUGGGUUUAAAGAGCUCUCUACUCUCCCCCAAACAUUAUGUAAGCUGUAAACAACAGCAUUUUCAAAAUAACUCUUUCCAAAAUAACUUUUUCCAGUGAGAAGUUUAAAAUUAAAAUGGUGAUUAUAUUAUGCAACAGAAGGGGGAAAAGUUCUUAGAGUGCAUUAAACUGCAAGUAGGAUGCAUAAUUACCGAUGAAGUUCAAUCUUGUUUACCAAUAUAACACAUUUUUGUUUUAAUCAUUCAGGAUUAAUGCUUUUGGUUGCAGAUGAUAAGUCUUGUAUUGGACUCUGUGGUGAGCUGGAUUUACAUACAAGGACGGUAUUUGGAUGCAAGACAGAUUUGAACAGAAGGAAUACUAGAAGGAGUAGACAAAAAAUGUAAACACUUCAGGAAAAAAGGACUAGAAAACAGGUAUUCUGUCAUGUAAGAACAUACAACAUUUCCUCCUGCCCUUUAGGAAUAAGAGAAGGUAUGAGUUGUACAUUUUUUUAAAGUGAGAUGAAACACAAUGUUGUCCUUUUUUAGACCUCAUACUUCACCAACAGUCAUUCAAGUCCAAUACGGAAAUGACUGUGCUAUUCUUGAUGUUUUUUUGAGUCUCAGGUGCCUUGUAUGUAUUUUUUAAAUUAUUGAAUAAAUCCAAACAAGCAACAAAAUGUGUUGUGAGGCAGCUACUGUCAUAAUAUUAGUUAGUUAAUAUAGCAUGAAACUUCAUGCUUCACCUUACAGUACUAGUUUUUUUUCCAGAGUUUUCAGCCAAAUUUUCUAGCUUGAUUAAAAAAUAUCUCAACUCAAGGUCCAUUUACUUCUUUUGCUUGAGCUUUAGUAGAAGAGUGCAAAAUGCGGUCAAAACGUCCAGAAAAAGUUGUGCUUUUCAUGCUUGACCUUGGAAACAAAACAACUUGCUAUUUUUUUCUGGAGCUUUAAGCUUUCAAUUGCAUCUCAUUUUUCUUAUCUGCUAAUGAAGACCGUGAGAUGUGAUUGAAAACACACAAAAAAUGCUAGUAAGUUGACCUUGAGUUUUUUUGUUUUGUUUUUGUCAAACUGGUUAAUUAGUGUUGAUUUGCUGGUAAAACUGGUACAGCUGCUGCUGCUGCUGUAAUUCAGACUUUGGUUGGUUUCCACUCAGAACAAACAUUUUAAUGGAUUCUUGCAGAUACUAUAAGGCUCUAUUUAGUGCCUUACUAAAUUGUGAAUAUGGAUGAUGUAAUUUGGCGGAGGCUCAUGCAUUAUUUCUCCAGCAGGGAGCAUUGGAGAGUUGUUAAUGCCUUUCAAUGGCUGCCCAUACUCCGUGACCUGAGAUCAAUGUCCCUUUGGGAAGGAGAUGAGUAAUGCUGGUGCAUUAUGGAAGUAAUGUGUCAGCAAGCAGAAAUACAGACAGAGCACUGUACUGAAAGUAGGAUGUUAGUGGGCAAAGAGGAAAUCUCCUUAAAUUGUUGGAGUUAACAGUAUGUGUCUUUGUGCUUUGAUGACACCUCCAUAUUCUGCUUUAAAAUGAGUCACAGUAACUUUUUGCACAUAGAAUGACAUGGCCUCAUGUGGCUGUGAGACAACUUUAUAUUUUUACUGAAUUGCUUGAAUUGUGUUGUGCAAUUGACUCCAUAUCUGGUGUUAUCAAAUGAUGUUUGACUGCAUGGUCGAGGAAGGGGUGAUUUGUUAUGCAUUUUUAUUUUAAACUAUGUGUGCAAACAAAAUU